AUGUGGCCAUUUCUUCUUUCUUUUUUGGGUAAGAGAAAAAAGAAUAUUUCUCUCAUUUUUGAUUUCAGUUUUUGUUAGUCAUACCUACGGGAUUUCUACCAAAGACGACGUAAAUAUCGCUUUGUCUGUGAUUGAAGGAACCGCCGGAUAUCGAAUUCUCAAUGGAACAAAUCAAUUCGGCGCCCAUGGUGUGUUCAACUUUUGGAAUAAGAAAAAAUUGCGGUGUUUUUCGAAAAUUCCUGUUGUAGAAAGCAAUUUAAAAGUCUCAUGUAAAAAGAAGAGUGCGAAAGCAAAAAAAAGGAAAAAAAAUCAGAAGUUUUCUCAGAAAUCUCAGUUAUAAUUGGUUUUUUGAAGUUAGAGAGUAAAACUUGAGAGAAAAAAUUUUUCUAGAGGGCAUUUUUAGGCUCUGCAUUGAGUUCUGUUUUUUUGCUAAAUGGCGAUUGAGAAGAAAAAGCUUGAUAAAUAUUUUUUUCGAAACAACUGUAUAUGAAAAAGUUUCUUGAUUCUAAGACCUUUUUGAAGAAAUUACAUCUGUUGGUAUUGUGUAGCGGAUAUCGAAAUACUCUUAGAACUUUAUGAAUAACUUUUUUGACAACGUUUAUAUAAGAUUAUAAAAGUAGCAUCAUUCACUAAUAAGUUAUGUGUGAAAACCUAGUUUGAACAAAUCAAAAAGUUCAAAUUCACAGUGUUUCAAAUCUCGAAAGCUCAAAAAUUUGAAUGAUUCCUGUUUUCCUGUCCAUAACAACCUAUGAUGAAAAAAUUAAAAUUUUCUCAGGGGAUGGCGGCAGUGGAGACGGGGUAAUAGUGAUGGUUAACACCUCGGAAGAGCUUGUUGGAGGGCUUUCCGAGUGUUGGAGAAGUCGAUUUCCCGAUUACAACGGAAAAUAUUGGGUUUUUCUGCCGAUGGAUCUUCUUGAUGGGUUUGUUUUGGAAAGUCUGAUACAACUAUGCAGAGAAAAGCAAAAAUGGAACAAUAGGUCACAAAAGUAUCCUGAGAAGAUUUGGAAAGAAGCUACUUUGAAAUAUUAUCCCGAUUGAUAUUCUCCAAGCAGAAACAUCCGAGAAAUAUAGAUGAACUCAAACUUCGAAGCUAAAUGAAAAAUCGUUUUAUUUUUCUCAGAUGCCUAAACUUGUAACCUGAUAGUAUUAAGUAAAAUUUGUAAAAUGAUCAUUUUUCUUUUAAUUUUCUCGAAAAGCUGUAGAUUCAUUGAGCCUAAAAUUAAAUGCAUACAGAAAAAGGGAAUGAGUAACAUAUCAACAUAGAAAUCGUGACAAACUUCGAAAAAAGUGUACGGAGUGAUUUUUUAUUUUUUUUGGGUGUUCUAAAAUCUUCUCGGCGUAGCUUUGAAGUUAAAUAUUUCAUAAUUCUCUCAUUAAAUUACCAAGCUUGUAUCCUGGUAUUGCGAAGUUUGUACGUAGCUCAAACAUGUGCCCAUAAUGCUCCAUUUUUUUUUCCCUCAAGGCCUUUCAUGCUUUUUCAUUUCUUUACUAAAAUAAAAAGACCACUUUUCAAGGUCGGUCGCAGAAUUCUUGCAAAAUUCGUCCUGUAUUGCGGGAAUUGUUCUAACCGAUCCAUCAAGACCUCACCACGUCUACGACCAAUCGCCCUUCUCACAUGAUUCUUCUUGUCCCAAUGACGUCUCAAGUUGAUUUUUUCUCUUUCACCCAGAAAAAAAUUGUUCAUCUUCUAGGCUGGUACAGAGAAGAGCGAGGAAGUUGCCGAAAUAAAAUCAACCGCGGCGCCGAAAUCCCACAAGGCCUUCGAAACGUCGAAUGGAAGGUCUUGAUGGUGUACAUGAAGGAUCCGAAACAGCUGGACCUUGUUAAGAAGGUUUGAAAUCAAUGAUACAAAGAUACCGACUGCGAAAUAAUCACUUUAACUGUAGUUCUUGAGAAUGAGGCAGCUUUUUCAAGGUUUCAUGUUGCCUAUUUUGUUUCUGGUUUAGUCACAAUUCUGUGAAAGCAGUGUCCAACAAAUUUAAAAAUGAAAUCUUUGAAAUGGCAUUGAAUGAAAGAAUUUUGGUUCCACGAAUGUUGAUCCACUAAUAUAAACGAGUUAGACGACAAAGCUUCCCAGAAAGUUGAAAUAUUUGAAAAAACGUUUCAAGCGAUUAGGUCCCAGGACGUCUCACUAUCUGAGAAGCACGUUUUGAACCUCAAAAAAUGAUUAUUUUUGAGUGCUACGGACUGUUCAACGUGCCUGAAGAUGGCUCAACGAGCAGAUCUUUUCCGUUGUGUGGAAUGUCGUUUGGGUUAUUCAACUCGGCGGCCGGAAAUUCGCAGAUUUGUUUCCGACGAGGACUCGAAAACGCUCGGAUCUAUGCUUUCAACAUUGAUGCGACGUCGGUGUCCCUUUCUGAAAAGGAUAAAGAACCUUAUUUUCAGCGCGAUUCCACUGAUGUGCAACCCGUUGGCUGGCCAGAACGUCUUCUCUUGGCCGGUUCCAGCGAUCACGGGCUCGAAAACGGAGCAAAGCUCAAAGUAUAUGAUAAUUGCGACCCGGGUGAGGACUUCUAACAAUCGACGACGUUUGGAAAAGAGAGAUGAUCGAAAUUGGAAUGAGGACGAAGAAACUGUGUUUUGAAAAAGAGUAGUUUGUGGCUACAUGGAAAAAGUAUCUCUUUGAAUUUAAUCUCAAAUUCAACCAAAUUAGCCCUUUUUCCUAUUUUAGGUAUUAUCAUAAAUGCAUAUUCUUAGGAAGUUCAUAACUGGUACUUUUUCUUAUUAAGUUUACUUUAAAUCUAUAAUAAUUCCAAAAAUCGUUAUCCGGUCGUUUGAAGCCGCAGGAGGCUCUUGAAAAAACACUGAAACAGCUUUUUCUUCCUAUAAUUUUAUAAAUGUAUUCCUCGCCCUUUUAAAAAUCUGAAAAGACAUUGUUCGUUCUAGUUGGACAGCUUCGGACUGAUUCCCGACGUCUCGGCUGGAGAACUUUCCGUUUUGACCUCCCUGAUCGCAGUUUUGGCGACGGCCCAAGCGAUCGGCUCUUCUCUGGAGAAUUUCGAAGCGGCAGUCAACCGAAGUUCUCGUUUCGUCAUGUUCGCCGUUUUCAAUGGCGAAAGUUUCGACUACAUUGGAAGUAGCGCCACCGUGGAACGCAUGAGGUCAUCCAGUUUCAUCGCAAAAAUACGAAAAAAGAGAAAAAAAAAAGUUUGAAGAGGCUCAUAAUAAUCACUUUAUUCUUAAGUCUUGGGUGUUUUUAGACGGAAAAAUAUUCGUUAACAUUCACCAUCACUAGACUAGUUUGAGCAAAGUUGUUGAAUAUGGUUUUUCGAAGUUUUAAUAAACGACUUCGUUCUGAAAUUAGUGGUCUUCACGGCUAAUAACUGAAAAAAAAGAAUCCUUCAUGGCUCCGUUUGUAUCUCUACAGAACACCCGAAAAAAAAAAUUGAAAGUACCAAAAUUUCAGAAUGGGCGUCUUUCCGCUACCACAAAUGAACGUGACCCACAUCCAGCCGAUGAACUUGAGCCAAAUCGAAGUGAUAAUCGAGCCGCAGCAGGUUUCUCGGCUCCUCGACUUCAGUUCCAAGAAUCUGGUGCUUGAUUCAGAUUGGAAGUACCAGCGGCACAGAUUUGUUCACGCAUGUUGAUUCUGAUCGCUACGCCAAAAGCAAGGAACCUUUGGAUCGGAUUUUGAAUGCGAUGCGGAAUGGAGCAUUUUCAGCCGGGUCUACUGUUCGACCAGUCAAAGAAGGAUCUAAGUGAGUCUUGCAAAUAUCGAAAAUCAAACGAAGAGAAUGAGUUAACGAUUCUGCUAGAAACUAACUAGAAGUGCCGCCGAAGCGGAAAACGUCACCGCGCUAGCAGGGAACUUUGCAAAAUAUUUAGGCUCCAAGUUUUUUUCCCAAGGAAACUAGUUAUUAUUCAUGACAGAGGCGCAAUAACAAUGUAUGCCUCAAAAAUGAGCUCACCCAGUCCCCGAGAGCAACUUUAUUGCACAGAUUUGAAAUCAGCGCAAAAGCUCCAUCGGAUGAUUGAAUCAAGUUUGAAAAAGGCUGCUUCCGAUUUCAGAAAACCUUCAACCUUGUUUUACAAACUGUAUAUUUCUGAAAGCUUAUCGCUUUUUGCAAAGUUUUUCCGUACCGCCCAAAUCAAUAAAAUCUCAGCUAAUCUUCCCAAUAAUCUUUAAGUCAACUCAUUCCUACAAAAGAAACCUUAUUUUUCAGAGUUCCACCAGCCAGUUGGCAUUCGUUCGCUCGAGGCAACGGAAACAUCCAAAGUAUUGUCCUUUCUCCUUUCGACGACUCUUAUUCUUACAAGUAUUCCGGAGAACCGCAUAACUUCUAUAAUUGAUACCUUUAUCAGUCGCUACAACUCGAUGUUGGACCAGAACACGUGGACCCUCGGCGAAAGGACCAAAGCUAUUUCGGACAUUUCUGCCGCCGCCACGGCCAUGCUCUACGCCGCCGCUGAUUUCACGAGGACCAACGUCUCUAACUUGAAAGUCGACGACAAAUUUGUAAGAAUCGGUUUUGUUUCAAUGAUAGGUUGGCCGGUUAUCUUUGUUGUUGGUGGGUAUUGGGUAUAUAAAUCAAGUAUUAUUAAAUAAUAAUUCGAAAAUUCCUUCUCUUUUUCCGUGUUUCACUGUUAUUUUUGAUAUCAUUUUUCAGUUUGGCUGCGUCCUAAAUUUCAGUACACUCUCCAAACUCACGUGUUUCCGAAAUUAUGUUUUGAAGGUAGCAACUCUUUUCGACUGCAUGGUCAUGUCGGAAGACUGGUUCUCCUGCAACUUCCUGAACACCCUCAACUCUCAACGAGUCAACAAAAGCUUCGGUUUGAACGACAGUCUUCCAGAAUCAGUUCAGGACUUUCAGAAAGCUACUCGUACUACUCGAAGUCGACGUUCAUCAGUGUCUCCAAUGGAAAUCCGCUUCGAUUCUUCGUCUAUUGGAUCUUGGUUUAUGCCCUCGGCACGAACAGACAUACGACGAACGUGAAGAACAAGAAAAGCUGCAUGGAUCUGUCGGAACAUCAGGCGGUUCGGUUUUCAGAAGAUUCCGGUAGUUUAGGGAGGAACAUACAGACUGGAAUUUUUCGAAGAAGAAGACAGGAAAGCUUCGAAUAUCGAACAUUGAGAUUUGUUAACCUAGAAGAACAGAUUGUAAGAUGAAAAAAAAAAUGUCCAACGGAAUCAGAAUUUGUUGUCUCUGAAGCAACAUUAGUAAACUUUUUUUAGCCCCGAAAAAAAUUCGGAAGCGUUUUGAAGAACAUGCGAGAGUGAUAUGAUAUAGCCAUUCAUAAUCAUCAGAAAGCAUUGGUUUGAGUAUUUGAAAUUUUUAGAAAAUUUUUCAGGCCCGAAAGAAUGAAAAAGAGAGUGGAUUAUACACUGCGACCCAUAAUUAUAGACCCACCCUAAUUUCUCCGAUUUUAAGAAAGAUUGAAAAACUUUGAGCCACCAAACUUUUCUUGUAAUAAACCUUGUUGAUAAGGAACAUAAUCAUAUCAUAAUUAUCAAUCAUCCAGUUGAAAAAGUUUUUUUCAAGAUACGAGAAAAAUCUGAUUUUUUUGACCGACCCAGAAUUAUAGACCCACCCCAGAGUUUUUCCGAGUUUUUCGUUUCAGGUAACACGUUUUUUUCCUGUUUUUUUCAGUGGUAUAUAAGAGAAAAAAAGUCCUCGUGUAUCACUAUAAGCCAUAAUGCCUAAAUUUACUCAACUUGAUAAUACCGAAAAAGCGGUAAUCGAUGCUCUACUCAACAACGGCUUGUCCCAUCGGGAAAUCCGCUCGUCAGACGGGUCGCUCAAGACGAACUAUUGACCGUUAUGCAAGGAAUCCGCAAGAAUACGGCACAGCAAUACAUUCUGGACGGCACAGGCUGCUAUCGGUUCAAGCUGAACGAGAUGUCUGUCGAAAAGCAUCAAACUCUACGAAGUCCGCCAACCAAAUCAGAUCCGAAAUUCCUGAAAACGUCUCGAAGAACACCAUCUUACGAACAAUUCAUCGGUCCGGUCGACUUGUGAAUACUCCAAUGAAGGCAGCACCUCGUCUACAGCAACGCCAUAAGAAUGAACGGCUCCAGUUUGCACGCUCUAACAUGGCCACGGAUUGGAAUAAGGUAUCAAUGUUUUCUAUCCCCUUAUGAUUCCCAAUUUUUCUGUUCAGAUCAUCUUCAGCGACGAGAAGAAAUUCAACCUUGAUGGGCCAGAUGGGUACGCUCACUACUGGAGGGAUUUGAGGAAAGAUCCGAUGUACUUCUCCAAGAGAAACUUCGGCGGCGGCAGCCUCAUGGUCUGGGCGGCUUUCUGCGGCAACGGGACGGUAGCUCUUUCUUUUAUUGGGACCAGAACGAAUUCGCAAGACUACCAGCAACUGCUUGCCCAGCAUCUCCUGCCCUAUCUCCGUCGCCGACGACGUGCUAAUAUGAUUUACCAACAAGACAAUGCAUCUGUUCACGCGAGCAACUCCACAUUGGCUUGGUUUGCGGCCAAGAACGUGGUUCUUCUGGACUGGCCCGCGUGCAGUCCUGACCUCAACCCAGUAGAGAAUUUAUGGUCAGUCCUUGUACGAAGGGUCUACGCGAAUGCCAAGCAGUAUACAACGGUCAACGAUCUGAAAAGAGCGAUUCGUGCCGAGUGGGAUGGUUUGGACAAGUCACUGCUGCAACCACUCGUUGGCAGCAUGCCGAACAGGAUUUUCGAAGUCGCUCAGAAACAAGGAGGCAUCACACAUUAUUAAUUAAUCUUUUUGUUAUACUUUGUUGACUUUGUGAAAUGAAUUUUGUUGAUUACUUAUAGUGGGUCUAUAAUUCUGGGUCGGUCAAAAAAAUCAGAUUUUUCUCGUAUCUUGAAAAAAACUUUUUCAACUGGGUGAUUGAUAAUUAUAUUAUGAUUAUGUUCCUUAUCAACAAGGUUUAUCACAAAAAAAGUUUGGUGGCUGAAAGUUUUUUUCAAUCUUUCUUAAAAAUCGGAGAAAUUAGGGUGGGUCUAUAAUUAUGGGUCGCAGUGUAUCUCAAAUGUGUCUGCAUGAGGGUUAUUUUUGUCUUAAUGGAGUUUUUUUUAAGUUAAGGUUCUCUAAGUGCUCCACUGAAGACCUGUUAUAUAAUUUUCUAAAUUUUUGAUCUUGCAAGUCUGAACUCAAUUUCGUUUGUUAUCUAACAAGAUUUAUUCCAACCUUUUUGUCUCGAAAUUUUCACAGAGUGUGUAAAUCGGGGAGUGAACGAUGAAAAACGUGUUAUAUUAUGUGAUAUAAAUUUUGAAAUGAUAGGAAAAAGUUUGCGAUUGCUACUGAUUGAGGUCCGUUUCGGUCAUCAAAGUCGGCCCAAGCCAGCUCUGAUUCCAAAAACUCCUCUCAUAGAAAUGUUUCAGGUCUACUCUUACGACUGGCAACCGGAUCCCUGGACCGGGAAGUACAGCUGUUAUCGGUCUUCGAUCCAGUUGGUUCAGCUCCAAUCGCCAGCUUUUUCCAUCGAAGGUCCCAACUUAUUUUUCGUAACUCCAUAAAUUGGAUAAUCUCAGGAUACGAUUUCUCCAACACAACUUAUUCGACUUGGACAGAGUCCCAAUACAGUAUUGACACCCUGAAUCUUUUCUUGAUCCAAGACUCGAGUUUCGAUUGGAUCAUGUUACUGAUCGGGAUCUUUAUAGCGUUGUUCAGCUUCUUCAUCGUAGGUCAGCUCCAUUUUGACUUAUUUUCAAUUUCCUUCUAAUAAGACUAUUUUUAAAAUACUUACUGUUACAGGAAGGUGUCACGAGUCGACCUUUGUGAUUGACGAAGGCGAAGUUCAGGCGGAAGAAGGCGAACCGCUUUGA